CUCAAUUCCAAUGACGAGUCCUCACCCAACACAUCCUCCAAACAUACCAGCAGAGAGCACUGAAGAAGACCACAAGAACAACUUCUUCGUCGACUAUAACCAUAUCCAGCUGCAUAGUCUUACUGGAGAAAGUAAUGAUUUUGGAGAAGAAGAGUCUAGUCAAGAAGAACUGAGACCGUUGAGAGAAGAAAGUGAUAGCAGAUCAGAGCCAGAUAGUAGUCAAGAAGCGUAUGGAAAUGAUGAGGAUAGGAAGAAGAGGUGGACCACAAGCCUGACUUCCUCUACUUCAUCAGAAGACGCCUUCCUGCAGGAGGAAUCUGAACUAAGUGCUGAAGUGACUGAGGAAGAAGCUGAGCAGCCUGAAGAGCAGGAAGAAGAGGAAGAGAAGGAAGAGAAGGGGUUUUAGGAAUUUAGUGGAUGGAGAUAGAGAGGGGCAGAGAGAUUUUGAAGGGGUUAGGGCAAAGGUGGACAUCUGGGACCAGAGGUUGAGAGGAGUGGCUGAUGGAGAGUAUGAGAAACUCCAAGCCCAGAACAACAGAAAUAUUGAAGGCAGCCUCCAAUCCCUGCUCCAAGUCCACACAGAAGAGAACAAGGAACUGCAAGGGCGAGAAGUGUUCAUUGGAGAUUACGUUGGCGUCCGAUGUCUACAUGAGAGCACUCUGAUGUAUCUGCACAGUGAAAAUUUUGAAUGGAAAUGGACCCCAGAUGAGACAUUAGCACCUAUUAUAACGAUUGAGCCGAUUUUGAGAGAACCACCGUAUUCAAUAUCGAAACUAGAAACUCAGGAAUGCCAGGAUAAGCCUAAUUAUCAAUGGGAAUUGAAAGGAGGGAAGAAAUGAUAUGAAACUGAAAUUGAGAAUGUUGCUCAUAAUCUAAGUUACUUUCAAACUAAGCAAACUCACCCUCUUGCAACUAACAAAACAUUUGUAUUAAAAUUUGUGGGCAAUAAUAUCAAAGAAUGCAACUUCGAAGUUCCAGAAUUGGACAAAAAUGUUGCUAUAAACCAAUGGUCACUUGUAUGCAUAAAUGAGGAUACUGAGGAGUUCACCAUCAGACCUCAGACUCCUUAUUACCUCUCAACAAUUAUUGGGCAUAAGUUCUAUUAUCUGAGUAAAGAAUCGGCCAGCACUUUGACCAAGUACAAGGAAGACGCUGAGGAAGUGCAUUUCUAUAUCACACAGAAGGAAACUAAUGAGAUGGACCAAGUAAGACAUAGAGUGACUCGUAUGGAUUGCUAUUGCUUAUUCGACCAUGAAAACAAACACUUGAACUUAGUGCAUUAUUAUAUGAAAAAUUGGUUAGCCCAAAACACUCCAAAAGGGAUACUAAUGACUAGGUACACUUCUUUAUCAAAUAUUCCAGUGCAGAACUACUUUAAGAUAAGACAUUAUCCUCAUCAGAGAAAAAUUGUGUUCGAGACUAUAGUGAAUUACUCCAGUCUUCUUAAUAAGAAGCCAAUGGCGAAAUACUUAGCCUAUGAGAAUGGUGCCCUCACUUUAGUAGACUAUAAGUACAUUUUUGAGCUACAACAAAUCGAAAAAGGAGAAAACUUGUACUCAAAUCAGCCUUUUAUGGUGAAAGUUCCCAACAAAAACAGAUAUUUAUGAAGUAUUCCUUCUGAUUACACAGAUAAUCGUAAUUUAAUUGCCAAACCAUUUGAUUUGGCUCAUGAGAAAAGAUUCUAUUUCCACCUCAGACACAUUCAAGCGUAUGGCUUAGCACAAGGGAACAUUACCACAGCAGACAUGCAAUUAUGGAAUGCCUUCUCUGUGUUGAAAAGGAUAGAGAGGGAAGGAAUUGAUAACAUAAAUCCUAAUGACCUUCCAAUCGCUUAUACUCAUGUCAAAAUACCUUUACAAAGUCUAUAUAUCUGGCUUGAAGAUAAAGAAUCUAACAAACUCAAAUAUAAUUUCUACAGCCAAAUAUGACUAAAUGGUUAUUACAAUCAACCCCAAAUGGCUUUAUUCUACUCCAAAUCAUAUUACCAGUGGUACUUUGGUAAACUCAGAGAACUCAGACGGAAGCUGAUAAGCAACAAAACAGAUUUAAGCCAGAUAAGCCUCCAUCCCUCCUUGCUCUAUUAUCCACAAUGUGAAUACCUGCUGGCUCUUGGCUCUCCAAAAAGGAAGAAUGAUUUCUGAUCUGUACUCAAGCAGGUUAAAUACUUCACUACUGAUCCUAAAGAGUGAGGUGAAGCUGAUAAUAGCUACAAGAGAAUAAUGACACUUCAGAUGAUAGUUACUAACUGUUAUAGUGAUGUCAACAUGAAUUGUAAAGGUACAGAAUCUGUUAUUUACGAGAAAGAAUGCUUCUUGCCAUUUGUCCAAUAUGAGCUAAGCAAAGGGGAAGAUCUCUGAGAUCUAAGCAUUCUACUAGGACUGGUUUCAAACAAGUACAGGGAUGCAUGGUGAAUCUGGAGUUUCUGCAUCUCUAACCCUCCCUUAAUCAAGUAUGUGUGAGAGCACCUUAAGUCUCAUAUUUUUCCUAUUGAUGAGCUCGAGAUCGACUCAAUAAUCAGACUAGCCAGUGACUAUAAAGAAGAAUUACUCGAAAAUGAAGACUGGAAAGCCGAGAUGUUCUUUGAAGGAAGAUUCCAAGCUGAUAUUAUGCUCAAAAAUCAGAAUACUCACUUACGAGAAAUCAUGGUCAUGGUUAUUUACAGCUACGGUAUCCGAUGCGGACUCAUCAAUGAUGCAGAUUUUGUAGAGAAAUCUAACAUUUUUAUACUAGAAAGUUAUCGUCAUCAGAGGAUUAGCUCUCAUAUUUUGGGCUUGCUAUUGACAUUAUCUUGAAAUAUUAAUGUUCCUUCAGAAAAUUCUGAUCUUCCUACUAGAGACCAAAAGGAUUCAAUGAACAUGAUGAUCAGCAGUUGCCUACAAGUCUUGAACUCCUUUGAAAAUUAUGAUUCGAUUGAAGACUUGUUCUUGAUAUUAGAAAUUUUUGAAUGUCUGAAUUGAAUGCUUCAGAGUACUGAUUAUCAGAAUAAUAUUCUACAUAAUCUGAAGAUAAACUUUGGAUUUAAACCCUUGAUAAAACUAUUGAAUGAUCUCUCAGAAAGAUUUUUGUUAGCCAGACCUAGUACUUUUGACUGUACCAAACAUACACCGCUGUAUGACUGGAAACUAGUGAGAGCUAACAAAGCAGCUGUUGAUGAUCGAGCUCAUGAUGUAGAUGUAGUCAAAGAAUCUUACCAGAGAGAUAUUUGAACAAAAAUAUUGAGCAUGCUCAGUCAGAUAUACAAAAUUAAAGAUGACAAAGAUAAUAGAAAUGAACCAGUUAGGAAUAUUCCUUAUAUUUCUGAGGCUUUCAUGAACUCUUCUUCUACUUCAAAAGAAUUUUCAAAUACUCUUCUCAGAGUUAUUAUAAAGUGGGGUAAUUUUGAUAAUGAGCCUGAGGUUACAAGACAUAUUUUCAAUCUUAUCUUAAAAUAUGAUGGCAAGCUUGAGGAACCAUUUGAAGACAUAGAUGACGACAAAAGGGAGAAAGAUUUCGGCGACUUAUGCCUCAGAACACUACCUUUCUUCACACAUCUAAAAGCAGAAUACAAAGAAGAUGUUGAAAUACUACAAGAGAGGGUUAAAGCAUUAUCCCAAAACCUUCCUGCUACAAAAGAUAUUCCUCCUCCAAAACCCCACACCAAAGCCAUCACCAGUAUAAUAUCCCUCCUUGUGCGUAUCAACAGCUUGCUCGACUUCAAGACGACCACAGACAAAGCCUGUGUUAAAAUCGUGAACCAAUUCAUAAAAACCACAUAUGAUUUCUUAACAAAAGGCGCCAACUACCCAGCAAUCAGGGAGGCGAUCUUCAGCUUCAACAGCUACUUGUUCACUCUCUCGUGGAAGAACAGGUUGUGCAACUCCCACCACAGUGAUCUCGUAGAGACCAUUCUGGCCCAGAGCAGAGCAGAAAGAUUCAACUUAGACUCAGUGGAGAUCCUCACGGAGGUAUUGGCCAAGCUCGGCCAUACCUUUGAGUGGCUUGACCAAAGCCUUAUUGAAGAAAAUGAUCCAGAGAUUAGGAGACUUUGUGGGUUUGAGAUGAACAGAGUGAGAGACGAUUCAAAAAUAGUAGAGAUACAGAGAAGGAUAUAGGAGAGGGUGGGGAGGAGAAUGAGGAGGGAGAUGACAGAGAGGGUCAGAGGUAUGGAAUUUAUGGCUUAAAUUGGACAAAAGGAUCGAAAAUGAUGAAGAUUUUAAUAAAGAAGUUUAUAUCAGACCAGAAGAGCCAAAGUAAAACAAAGUUAUUUGAAUCUACUAGAAGUUUCCAGCUGCUUCUCUAUAAACUCUUCUCUAAUAUACAAGUUCUUGAUCCAGAGUAUGACACUUAUUACUAUAUUCUUCAAAGCCUCGAAAUGAUUCUUGAAGUUCUUAGCAAUUCUAAAAUAUUGGAGAACUCUGAAAUUUGUCACAUGUUUUACACUGAGCAUUCGACAGAUGCUAUUUUCUCUUUGAUCAUUAAGAAGCAUAGCUUCAAAGGGGAGUCACAAAGAGUGCGCCAAAUGGCAUAUAAAAUCCUGAUAAAAUUUAUGGAAGUUGAUAUCUCUGCUGCAAGAAAGAGUUUUAGAUAUUGGACCCAUAUUGGCGACAACAAGAACCUUUUCUUCGGCAGGAUCCAACGUCUCUUUGCUCAGUUCAGUACUUAUUUCAUGGAAGAAAAAUUAAGUUUCAUCGUUAGCAAAUACUUAGAUGAAACUGAUUAUAACGAACUGCUUUGAUGUCUGCAAUGGAUGACAGUGUUAUGCCAAAAUAAUAGAAAUUGGCAAAGAUAUCUAAGGAAGCAAGACAACUCAGUCAAAAAUCAUAACCUUCUGCUUGAAAUGAUAGAACUUCUGAGGACAAGUGCUUUGAGAUAUCAUUACGAAUACGCCAUCGAUCUCCUCAGGGCUAUCAUAAGAUUCAUGACAGCUUCAGUGAAUGGCAAAAAUGAGAAGCUUAUAGGUCUCUAUGUCAACUCUAAUGUUGUGAGAUAUUGCAAGGGGAUCCUUGUGACUGGGCUAUCUCCAAGAGAGGUUGAAUUUGUCAGUAAGAUACACAAAAAAUCAAAUUCUGAAGUGCUUGAAGAGAUGGAAAAGAGCUUAGAAAAUCCUAUACCCAGAGAUUGAUUAAAGAAGUAUAGCCUGCUUAAACAAGAAGUUCUGUGGCUACUGAACUGCUUAGUGAUCUAUAAUACAGAACACGAAAUUAGAGCAUCUGAGAAUCAUGAAGUUAUUGAUAACCUCAUGGUUCUGAAUUAUGUCAAAUUCAUUAUUUACAGAGGUCAAACUAACGAUCCUAUAAUAUUUAAGACCGACUGAAAGCUUUCAGAAGUGUACAAUAUUAACGUUGGCUUCCAGAGCUAUUACUUAAUAGCUAGAUUAUGGGACAACAACAAUCAGAGUCAUUCCAAUUGAGUACAGAAUACUGAUGAAUCAGGCAUUGUUAAGAAGUACUUGAGGCUAUUAAGAGCAAUAAGCAAUAGAAUACUUACCUUCAGGCUUAGAUACGAACCUCCAGCUGAUGGAGAGUAUAAGAAAUUUGAAGGCAGAAAGAACCUAAUUGCUGAGGCCACUACCUUCUUUGAUGAUUAUAGUUCAAGUAUUGAGAUAGUAAUGCCCAAUGGAGACUUAGAAACUAGAUACUUUGAGAUACUCCCCUGUUUCUUGUCCUUUACACAGAAUGAGAAAGACAUUUUCUGGCUUGGUGCUAAUUUGGACGAUAGUAAGACUGCAGUCAUCUCAUUUGUGGAAUAUGCUCAAAAUAAGAUAGAUGAACUAUUUAUUCAGCAAGAUGUUCAAGACAAAUGGUUCUGUCCGAGAGAUGUUGCGAAAAAGGAUAAUUGGUUGACAGACUUAGGCAGUGUCUUAAUCUUUAUAAUGAACUUCAUACUAUUCUUUGCCCUAGAAGUUAAUGAAGGAGAAACUCUUAAUAAGCCCAGUCUGUUUGGGUUGAGUUCAUCAAUCACAAAGAUCAUUCUCUUCACACUUGGCAUUAUGAUUCUAAUAUUCUUCGCCUUCAUAAUUAUAAUUCAAGGAACUAUUGUAAUUCGGAUGAGAUCAGCGAGAGCUUUGCGAGAUGACAAUCAGAGUAAAGAAAAGAGCACGCUAUCAAAGUUCUUUACUGUUUUCUCAUACAUAAUGCAUCAUAAGGAUAAGACUCUUCAAGCAAGAAGUAUUUGGUGCAUUGUAUUAUGCUUAGGGUUUGCUGUAGCUGGUCUAGCAAGUGAUUAUUUCUGGUUUUCCUUCACUAUAAUGUACUUACUAAUCUUCUCCCCUCACAUCACAGAGGUAAGUAAUGCUAUUUGGAACCCUAAAAAGCGUAUCCUGUCAACACUUGUACUGAGUGCUGUUGUUGUGUACUGGUUCGGAAUUAUAGCUUAUGUGUAUUUUGGCAGCGACUUCGAUGGUGCAGUCAGUGGCUCUAAUAUCACUCUCAGAAGAACUAUAGCUGUCAUAUUUGACUCAUGGUACAAUUUCGGAGUCGGGGGUUUUCUCUCUGACAGAGGUAGAUCAGCUAUUAUGAAAGAUGUAGGAGAAGAGGAGUUCCAAUACCAUCUCAUUGGCUCCAGAAUAGGCUUUGACUUCUUAUUUUUCUUCGCAGUGAAUACUUUGCUUCUAAAUAUUCUUAGUGGUAUCAUUAUUGAUAAUUUUGGAGAAAGAAGAGCUAAAAGUGAUAGCAUUCAUCAAAGACAAAAUGAUCUUUGCUUUGUGUGUGGUGAAAUGUCACGUGAUUUGCCUGAUUUUGUUAACCAUUGAAAGUAUACACACAAUAUUUGGGACUACAUGUAUUACAUCGGGUACUUAAAAGCCAUGGAUUCUUCCUCCAUGGAAGACUACAGGGACAUCCACGUGCACAGUUGCCUCCAGCAAGGCUUGAACGACUGGUUCCCUGCCUAUAAAGACCAAGUUAAUAUAAAUGAGUAA